AUGAAGGUAUUCACUGGCGCAACAGCGUUGCUGGCGUCUUCGAUCGCCCACGUUUCCUCCGCAGGCUUCGUCAAGACAUCUGGUACAGCGUUUGAGCUCGAUGGCAAGCCGUUCUACUUUCUCGGUACAAACUCUUACUGGGCCUCUCAGAUCUCUUGGAGUAAAACGGAUCUGGCUACGAUUUUUGAUUCCAUGGCUGAGAACGAUCUGACCGUGUGCCGGACGAUGGGAUUCGCUGACCUCAACCAAACGGGCACGGCACCAUACAACAUCGUGUACCAGUUAUGGGAGGAUGGUAAAGCCACCGUGAACACCGGUGACAACGGUCUGGGAUACUUCGACCAAGUGGUUGCAGCUGCCAAAGCUGCGGGAGUGAAGCUCGUCGUGCCGUUCGUGAACAACUGGUCCGACUACGGUGGCAUCGACGUGUACGUCAAGCAGCUUGGCGGCAAGUUCCACGACGACUUUUACACGGACGAGAAGAUGAAGACGGCAUACAAGAAGUUCGUCAAGACAUUCGUUGAGCGCUAUGCGGAUGAAGAGACCAUCAUGUCGUGGCAGCUGUGCAAUGAGUGCCGUUGCGCUGGAUCCGGAGAGUUCAAGGAGUCGGGUACCUGUGACAGCUCGACGCUCACGAAGUGGAUCACGGAAAUGUCUACGUACAUCAAAACGCUGGACUCGAACCACCUUGUCUCAUCUGGAAGCGAGGGGUUCAUGAACACCGACAAAAGCGUUUACCUGUACUCCGGUCCAUCAGGCGUCGACUUCGACGCCAACCUUGAGAUCGAAAGCAUUGAUUACGGUACUUACCACGCCUACCCGGACUCGUGGGGUGUGGAGCCUGCAAAGGCAGAGUCGUGGGGUGUCCAGUGGAUCAAGGAUCACGUAUCUUCUAGCGAGAAGGUUGGCAAGCCAAUUGUCCUGGAGGAAUACGGCAUAAAGGCUCGUGACUCGAAGUCCUACUUGUCGUGGAGUGACGAGGUGUACUCUGCUAAGUCGAAUAUGCAAUACUGGCAAUUUGGCGUCAAGUCGUUGAGCACACAUGACGACGGGUACGCAGUCUACGCUGAAGAUGAUCUGUUUACAAAGGCGAUUAGUCCCGCGGCAUCAAAGUUUGCGUCUCUCGGUAAAUCGUCGACAUCGAAGUCGAAGUCAUCGGCCACCAAGAAGACAUCGGGCGAGACCGCAAGCGCAGCCUCUAGCGAUUUCGAACAGUCAACGGACGCUGCCACCGCGAACUCAGCAGAAUCGGAUGAUACCGAAGAACUCGCGGACCCGCUUUCUGAGUCGGCAUCGUCGGGCGCGGGUGCUUCAACCGGUACUGCCACGCAGACGAGCCUGUCAACCGAGGCUUCGACUGAUACGGAGAGUGAGGAAGAAACAGGCACUUCCGAGUCCGACAUCGUUUCUGCGCCUGGUACCGACACUCUUGCCGCGACUUCGACAACGCUGCAGGGCGUUAAAUGUUCCGUUCGUCGCGCUUAG